UUGGGUGUAUGGCUCCAGAUCAGAGUUGGUGUUGUGGUGCGUGUGUGCUCCAUCCCUACUACUCCACCAUCGUUUCCACUCCACUGCGCUUUGUGUGAUGGCAGCGUGAGCAGAUACAAAGGGCAACAAGGCGAGGGGAACAAAAGAGAGGAACCAAGGGGGUUGCUGCGAGGAAAACGUUCAGAAACACCAAAUCGUGCAAAACUGCUAAGCACGGGUUGGCUUCGCAGUUAUCCGUAGGCUGGAGCUCGUGUCUGUCUUUUGGGGAGCAGCGAAUCAAAGCUUCCCAGACGCCAGCGAGAGGCAGCAGACUGUGCGUCCUCCUCUGCCGCCGCGCACGGUCCUGUUGAUGAAUAGGGGAGCAGUAGUGGCACACCACUUCCAACAUCUCCGAGUCUGACGGGAAUGACAAAUAAAGAAUAAAGGAGCCCUUUCAGCGGACACACAAGAGCAGAGGAAUGUGCAGAGGUCCGUGUGGCUCGUUUCAAGCUCCCCCAAAACGGCAUUUUUGGAUCCUAUGGUGCUAACUGAUUGCUUGUAAACACAGUACACACUGCACACCAGUAUUUACUGCGAGUUGGGGUUUUUGGGGGUCUUCUUUUGUCAGAGAGGGGGGGGGGGGGGGGACAAACUUCUGCAAUGGCACUGGUCAUGGAACCUGUAAGCAAGUGGAGCUCGAGUCAAGUGGUGGACUGGAUGAAAGGCCUGGACGACUGCUUGCAGCAGUACACCCAGACCUUUGAGAGGGAGAAGGUGGGGGGCGACCAGCUCCUCCGCAUCACCCACCAGGAGCUGGAGGACCUGGGUGUGUCCCGGAUCGGCCACCAGGAGCUCAUACUAGAGGCUGUGGACCUGCUCUGUGCCCUGAACUACGGGCUGGAGACGGAGAACCUGAAGACCCUGUCCCACAAGCUGCACGCCUCGGCCAAGAACCUGCAGAACUUCAUCACCAGCCGGCGCCGCAGCGGCCACUACGACGGCCACGCCACCCACAAGCUGCCCAACGACUUCCUCACCUCCGUGGUGGACCUCAUCGCCGCCGCCAAGAGCCUGCUGGCCUGGCUCGACAGGAGGCCCCGCAUUGAGACGACACCACGUAUGGGUUGUUCUGACCUCCUUUCCAGUCCUCUCCGUGCCCGAGAACCCAUGUCCCUGGUCAGUAAGAGACGCAUCUCCUGCAAGGACCUGGGCCAGGGCGAGUGCGAGGGCUGGCUGUGGAAAAAGAAGGACGCCAAGACCUACUUCUCCCAGAGGUGGAAGAAGUACUGGUUCAUUCUGAAGGGCAGCUGCCUGUACUGGUACCGGAACGAGGAGGACGAGAAGGCGGAAGGCUUCGUGAGUCUCCCCGAGUUUAAGAUCGACCGUGCCACCGAAUGCAGAAAGAAGUUUGCCUUCAAGGCCUGCCAUCCCCGAAUCAAGAGCUUCUACUUUGCUGCAGAAAACGUUGAUGACAUGGUCCGGUGGCUGAGCCGUCUGUCGAUGGCCGCCGCUGGCUUUGCCCCGCAACAGGAGAGAGCCCAGGACCAAGACUACUGGAGUGAGAGUGACCAUGAAGACACAGAGCUGAACGCAGUGCCUAAACAGGACAGUCCACCUCCCCCCUACGACACCUACCCCAGACCCUCCUCGGCGAGUCCUUACAUGGAGGCCAAACACAGCCAUCGCUCCUCCUCUGACACCUUCCACUCCCGCUCCUCCCACGAGGACUACCGCCCCUCCUCCUCCCAGGACUACCGCCCCUCCUCCUCCCAGGACUACCUCCCCUCCUCCUCCCAGGACUACCUCCCCUCCUCCGCCCAGGACUACCUCCCCUCCUCCGCCCACGAGGACUACCUCCCCUCCUCCGCCCAGGACUACCUCCCCUCCUCCGCCCACGAGGACUACCUCCCCCCCUCCGCCCAGGACUACCUCCCCCCCUCCGCCCAGGACUACCAGGAAGGCAGCCUCAGCAACAACAACGGCAGCGUUUCCCCGGGCGACCUCCGCCACCCCCGGCCGGACCGGCAGUCCACGCUGCCGUCCCACCGCACCGCCCUGAUGCUGGAGAGCUACGUCCCCGCCCGGCUCCCCCCGAGACCCUCCCUGGACGGGGAGGGGGGCGGCGGCGGCGGCGGCGGCGGCGGGAAGCACCGCAGCUUCACCCUGCCCCGGGACAGCGGGCUGCACGCUAUCCUGGCGGCCGCGGGCAACAUGGCGGAGCGGGGGGAGCCGGGGGGCUACAGGAUGGAGCGCCCCGCCCACGGAGACGGGGAGCGGGAGCGCAGGCUGCAGGCCGACUCUCUGGGGGACCUCUACCGGGCUCUGGAGCGGGCCAGUGUGUCCCCCGGCGCCGACCCCAGGCCUGGCGCGCGCCUGGAGUACAAGCGCUCCUUCGUCCGGCGCACCAACGACCCCCUGCUGAGCGAGAAGCUCCACCGGCUCCGCGUGCUGCACAGCUCGCUGAAGAGUCCUCAGCCCAGAGAUCCAUCGUUGGGAUUCUUUGGAUAGAGCGGAUGAAUCCUCCCCACACCACUGACUGACCUGUGCCUCAGUCCAUCAGCUGCCCUGCAAACCAGUCAGCCACCCUGCCUACCUACCUGCAAACCAGUCAGUCAGCUUGACCUUGCCUACCUGCAAACCAGUCAGUCAGCUUUACCUUGCCUACCUGCAGACAAGUCAGCCACCCUGACCACCUGCAAACCAGUCGGUCAGCCACCCUGUCUACCUGCAAACCAGUCAGUCAGCUUUACCCUGCCUACCUGAAAACCAGUCAGUCAGUUUGUCGCCUUGCCUAGCUACCAGUCCCCCUGCCUACCUGCAAACCAGUCAGUCAGUUUUCCACCCUGCCUAGCUACCAGUCCCCCUGCCUACCUGCAAACCAGUCAGUCAGUUUUCCACCCUGCCUAGCUACCAGUCACCCUGCCUACCUGCAAACCAGUCUGUCAGCUUUACCCUGCCUACCUGCAAACCAGUCUAUCAGUCAGCCAGCCACUCUGCAAACCAAUCAGUAUGCUUUAUUCUGCCUACCUGCAAAUCAGUCACUCAGCCACCCUGCCACCCUGCAAACCAGCCAGCCAGUGUGCCGCCCUGCCUAGCUACCAGUCACCCUGCCUACCUGCAAACCAGCCAGUCAGCCACCCUGCCUACCUGCAAACCAGUAAGUCAGCUUUACCCUGCCUACCUGCAAACCAGCCAGCCAGUGUGCCGCCCUGCAUAGCUACCAGUCACCCUGCCUACCUGCAAACUAGUCCAUCGCUAAGCCAACCUGCCUAGCUACAAGUCACCAUGCCUAACUGUAAAUCAGUCAGUAUGUCAGUGAGCCAGUCAGUCGGUGAGCCAGCUGCCCCAUCCUCCCCCAGAGACCAGAGGUUUCUUCCAGCCUUCCUCUGCAUCUCUGCUCCAGCGGUGUCCCUCAGUACAGGCCUUGAGGGCAAUGGACAGGCUCCCCCGCUCGUGCAAGAGACUCUUCCAUCCCGCUCACCCUCUCCCCCCCCCCCCCCCCCCCCUCUCCGCACAAUGCAAAAAAUUGAAAGCGAUGAUCUCUCGUUGGAUAUUAGUGAAGAAGAUAGACGUCGCCGUUUGCACAUCAGCACUUUGUGUCCAUCUGAAUUCAAAAGCCUUUUAUUUUGUAAGGUUUAAUUGCAUGGCCGUUCCCCCUUUUUCUGUGAAUGAAAUGAUUUGAUUCAGCUUUUGUACAGUGUUUCUAGGGAUGGUGAUCUCACAGCUGUACAGACCAACUGUAUUUUUCAGGAGUUCAUUAUGCAUGUGUGUAUUUUCAAUAAUGUCCGAUCCUCAUGUAUAUAGGUUGCUAGGUAUAUAUAUAUUUUAUAUUACGUGUGAUACAAUGGCAGUGAGUACAUCCUGUUUUGGGGUACAGAUGUUGUGAAUCCAGUGCUGCCCCUCAGUGAUUGUACACUCUGCCAUGAAUGAUGAAAUUGAACAAGUAAAAAAAUCGAAGUCUCCAAUAUUGUGGCACUGAAACAUAAACCCUGGCAAUAACAAGCCCAUAUUGUCGAUUCUAAAGCAAUGAUCAGAGUUGACCUGUCUAUUUUUGUAUGCAUGCCUUCCACUUGAAUGUUUGUAAAUGGUUUUGCAGUCCUGAAGAUGUCUGAUCUGGAUACCACCCGUGUUAACCCAGCUUCUACAUUGUGUUUUUUUAAUAACUAUUUACUGUUAUACGGUUUACUUCGAGAAGUACUCUCCUCGAGAGAUGGAUAACUGUAUUUAUAUAAUGUUCAGUGUAUGAGCAUGCAUGUGAAGCUAAAGUGGAAUACAACGCCAUUGAAGUGGGACUGACAGUGUUCAGUGUGCUAUAUUGUACGUAGCGUACUUUUGUAUUCAAUAAAACUAAGUCUUGCUUCA